AGGAGCUCGUAAUAAACCUUUUCAAAUUAGUUUGGUUAAACAAAGUUCAGUGUUAAACAGCUAAAAUUAAUUUUCUAGAGAGUUUUGUGUUUACAUCUGAUCUGUUUGUCGAACAAUAGCCCGGGAUGCUAAGCUAGCUAACAGCCAACUUUGUGUUUACAACUGGUGCUAACGUUAAUUAGCAACAUCCAUUUUAAUAACAGUUUCUGCUAAGGACCUGAGGAAGGUACUGCAUAUAACAGAGAUCAGAUUUGACCAUGAGUAAGGACACAGAAAUCGACAUGAAGGAAGUGGAGCUCAAUGACCUGGACCUUGAGAAGCAGCCCAUCACAGGUGACGGCCCAGCUGCAGGUGGAGAGAAGAAUGGCAGCGUCAAGCAGAAGGUCCCUGAGGACGAGGUCACAUUCACUGGCCUGUCCAAGGAGGAGCUGAUGAAGGUUGCUGGCACUCCAGGAUGGGUGCGAACCCGCUGGGUGCUUCUUGUCCUGUUCUGGCUGGGCUGGGUAGGCAUGCUGGCUGGAGCCAUAGUGAUCAUCGUUCAGGCCCCUCGUUGCAAACCCAUCCCUGAGAUGAACUGGUGGAACGAAGGACCUUUGUACCAGAUCUCUGACGUUAAAGCUUUCGCUGAUGAAAUGAAAGGUAUUGAGAAUAAGUUGGACACCAUAAACCAGCUGAAGGUGAAAGGUCUGGUUCUCGGCCCUUUUCAUACUGUCCAGGCCGACCAGCCCGACACUCUGAAUUUUGAAGAGCUCAACCCUGUGCAGGGAUCGAAGAAAGCCCUGGUUGAUGUGGUGGAUAAGGCCCACAAGAAAGGCAUUUCUGUAGUGCUUGACCUGACUCCUAACUACCUGGGGACCGCUCGCUGGUUCAGCACUAAUGUUGCUGAUGUGAUGGAGAAAGUCAAGGCUGCGGCGGAGUACUGGCUGAGUCUGGGCGUCGAUGGCAUCAAGGUACCUGACCUCGCUUUUGUCGCCGGCUCUGCUGAAUGGUCAAAGCUGCAGGAUGCUGUCCAGGCCAAUCGCACUAAUGACAGCAAGAAGAGAGUGCUGAUGGGUGUGGUAGAAAAUAUGUCCGCCACAGAGGUGUCUCAGCUCGUCAAUACGUCUGGUGUGGAUCUCAUCCUUUCUAACCUACUCAGCAGCGAAAGUGGAGGUAUGGAGCGCAUUCAGGCCCUGGACACCCUUAACCUUAAACAAAGAAGUCUGGGCUGGGGCCUUGGGGCCACACAGCAGGACCAGCUGUCUAAAUGGGCAGUGACUCCAGCCCUUAUUCGUCUCUAUCAGCUCUUGCUGUUUACCAUGCCUGGAACCCCAGUGUUUACUUACGGUGACGAGAUCGGCCUUCGGGCAGGAAAUGAUUCAGAAUCUCCUAAGAUGGUUUGGGACAUAGAGGAGAAACCUGACGAAGGAGCUGCCGUCAAUGAAACAGCUGAGGCUGAGCGACAGGAGCGCACCAGCAUCAGGAAGUGGUUCAUAUCCCUCAGCGACUUGCGAGGCAAAGAGCGUUCUCUCCUCCACGGAGACUACUACACUCUCUACUCCUCUGCCUCCUCCCUCUCUUUCCUUCGUCUGUGGGACCAGAGCGAGAGAUACAUAACCGCUGUCAACUGGGGAACAGAGGCUCACGAAAUCAAUUUCACAUCAGCAAAGGGAUUGGAGUUGCCAGAGACAGCUAAGGUGAAGCUGUCAACUGACGAGGAAAACCUGAAAUCGGACUCAACUGUCAGCUUGGACAAAAUCAAGUUAGGACCCGGACAAGCAGUGCUGCUGCAGUUCCCCUACAAGGGGUAAAGAUGGCGCCAGACUAUAGGAAAGCCACCUAGAGAUUAGAUGUGGUUCAAAAAGACACAAAGUCAGUCUUAAUCUUUAGGAAUAAGAUGGUAAAAAGAUACAGGACAUUCAUUUUUACUGCAGUUUACUUAGUCAGAUCAUUUAUGAAGUGAGUCAAAGAAAAUCAAACGGUCGGCCAGUACAAAUAAACUUGUCAUUUUUAUAACAUUAACAUUAACACUUUUUUUCUUUCUAGUUUUAUUGUUUUUCUUUUUGAUGCCAGGCAAAAAUGCAGCAGACUUUUAGACACGCACUCAACUGAGCAUCUGAGCAUUUUGUCAGUUUUGUUGAUCUGCAUGUUGUCCAAAAAAUUGUGAAAUACAUUCCAUUCUUGUCCUCUGGGCAUUCCUUUAGCAGUUCUUACAUUGUGUUUUCUUUUCUUUAUUUUUUUUAUUCUGAAUUUUAGGAAAUACUGUUUUAAUGCCAGUUCUGCUUUGUAUUGUAUUUUUUUCUAACAGAAGACUUUUACCACAGGAAAAAAAACAAGUUAACAUUGGACAUGUGUGGUGAAUCAGUUUGAAGUAUUUUAAGAGUGCUGUUAACAAAAAAAUUGCUGCAAAUGGCAUCAGGUCUGACAAGUGAACUGAACUGUAAAUGAAUAAACUGUACUGAAAGUUG